GGUUUCCUUCAGCAAGUUUCCUUAAUUGCCUUGUCUGGGUAGCGGUCGAGCAUAUAUAAAGCAGACACAUCGGGACCAAAACGCAGCAUUUGGUCUUCAGUAGCCUUUGGAGAUAAGGGAGUUCUGGGACCUUAGGAAAAUCAACAUGAACUCUUUGAUAUUCUUAUGUGCCUUGGUGGCAGGAGCAACGGCCACAAACCUCUACCAAGGUCUCCUGGGUUACUCAGGAAUUGUCACUCCUGAUGGAAAAAACGUCCAAUUCACUCGUGAACAAGCAGACAACAUCGUGCUAGUUGGGCCUUCUGGAGCCGUGACAAGGGAUGGUAAUAACUUCCAACUUGCCCCUGACACUCACAGAACCAAACGCUCCAACUCCUACCAAGGUUUGUUGGGUUACUCUGGAAUUGUCAGACCUGAUGGGAACAACGUCCAAUUCACCCGUGAACAAGCAGACAACAUCGUGCUAGUUGGACCUUCUGGAGCCGUGACAAAAGAUGGCAAGAAUUUGCAACUUGUCCCUGAUACUCACAGAACCAAACGCUCCAACUUCUACCAAGGGUUGUUGGGUUACUCAGGAAUUGUCAGCCCUGAUGGGAACAAUGUCCAAUUCACCCGUGAACAAGCAGACAACAUCGUGCUAUUGACCUUCUGGAGCCAUCCAAGAAUUUCAAUUCCCUGUACUCAACGAACCAAACUCCGAACUUACCAAGGUUUUGGGUUGGGUUACUCUGGAAUUGUCAGCCCUGAUGGAAACAACGUCCAAUUCACCCGUGAACAAGCAGACAACAUUGUGCUAGUUGGACCUUCUGGAGCUGUGACAAAGGAUGGUAAGAACAUGCAGCUUGUCCCUGAUAAUCACAGGGUCAAAAGAGGAGCUGGGUACGUCAAUGCCAAAGGGAGCAUUGGAUAUUCAGGCAUCGUGAAAACUGAUGGUACCAUCAGACAGUUCUCUCAAGAUGACAUUGACAACAUUGUUCUCUUUGGACCAUCUGGUGUCGUCACCAAGGAUGGCAAAAACUGGCAAUUGGACGAGGACCUCAACAUCCAUCGUACAAAGAGGCAUUUGAUUGGGCCAUCAGGACUGAUCACUAGGGAUGGCACUCCUGUCCAAUUCAAGGAAGCAGGAGCUAAGAUUCUUCUUGAAGGACCAUCUGGUCUUAUAAUGUCAGAUGGUACUCUAGUACACCUCCGCUCUUAAGAAUAUAACUAUCACAGGAAACAUUUUUUGAAUGCUGCGCGAAAACACAUUUCCCUAAACGAAUAUUGAAAUAAAUGUAAUAUAUAAACCA